GAUCAACAGUGCUGGAAUCAUUGUUCGUUUCAGUUGAACUCAGACUGAUGUUCGCUGGAUGAUUGUUUUUAGUGGUUUUUUCUGGCCUCACUUGCGGCCUGAGGCUUUACUCUGUUCCUCUCACUAAAGCUUGACUUUCCUGAGCUCAGCGCAUCACCAUCGCCAUGAAUUUGUCGCUGAUCGAUCCUUUCGUCCUGGCUCAGGACUACCCGGAUACUUUGACGGAGAAACUCAGAAGCGGCCAUGCGACAUGUCUGCGCUUCAAUCGCAAAGGAGAUUACCUAGCCUCCGGACGAGUGGACGGAACAGUGGUCAUCUUCGAUAUUGAGACAAAUGGAGUCGCGCGCAAGCUACGGGGCCACACCAGGCAGAUCCAAUCGCUGAGUUGGUCGCGCGAUGGCCGGUACCUCCUCAGCUCGUCGCAGGACUGGAAGUGUAUUCUAUGGGACUUGAAGGACGGGUCGCGCGUGCGCACCGUGCGGUUCGAGGCCCCAGUAUACAUCGCCGAACUACACCCUUACAAUCACCUCCUCUUCGUCGCUUCCCUCUUCGAAGACCAGCCCGUGCUAGUCGACAUCUCAUCCCCGAAACCCAUCAAGCGCAUCCUCCCCUCGGCGCCGUUCCGCGCCCCACCACCACCAGACGAAGAAGUUGACCCCGCCGUCAUCGCGAAACAAGCCGCCCAAGACGCGAAACACUCGACGUGCGUAACGAUCUUCACGGCACUAGGCAACCACAUCAUCGCCGGAACAUCCAAAGGCUGGCUCAAUAUCAUCGAAACACAGACCUGCACAACCAUCUACUCCAUGCGUCUCUGCAACGGCGUCGUCAUCCUCCUCCGACUCUCCAGCAACGGACGCGACCUCCUCUCCAACAGCUCCGACCGCGUCAUCCGCACAAUCGUCAUGCCCGACCUCUCCCGCCUCGGCGUCGACCUCGAACCCUCCUCCAUCAAACUCCAAGUCGAACACAAGUUUCAAGACGUCGUCAACCGCCUCAGCUGGAACCACGUGACCUUCUCCUCCACCAGCGAAUUCGUCACAGCCUCCACCUUCAUGAACCCAGAUAUCUACGUCUGGGAGCGCAGCCACGGCUCCCUCGUCAAGAUUCUCGAGGGCCCCCGCGAGGAACUCGGCGUCGUCGAAUGGCACCCCUCCCGCCCCAUGGUCGUCGCCUGCGGCCUCGAGUCCGGCUGCCUCUACACGUGGUCGAUCGUGUCACCGCAGAAGUGGUCCGCGCUGGCGCCUGACUUCGGCGAAGUCGAAGAAAACGUCGUCUACAUGGAGCGCGAGGACGAAUUCGACGUCCACCCUGCAGAGGAAAUCCACCAGCGCCGCCUCGACCAGGAAGAUGAAGUCCCUGACGUGUUGACCAUCGAGCCCUCCCUCCACUCCACCUAUGCCCUUCCCGUCUCGGACCCAGCAGGUCAUCCCGACGGCGACGACCUCGGCUCGUUCCGCAUGCCCGUCCUGCUCGACAUUUCCGACUCCGAAAGCGAAGAAGACAUCGUCGCCGUCGGGCCGGGGACCAUGCGUCGACGGAGUCCCGGAGCGGGUCGCGAGACGAAUGGUGAGGGCGAGAAGGAGAAGGCCGGAGCCGGCCGGGGAGGUGGCCAGCGCGGUCGGCGGCGGAAUGCAUAGUCCCUCAUUUCUCUAAUUUAUAUACCUAUCCCUGUCUAUCCUACUUAUCUAUUGACGAAGUAUGCGUGGGGUCUAUGCAAGGUUUGGUUUGGUUGAAUGAUUUCACUGGGCGUUAACUUUGGAGUUGGCGUUGGGCGAGAC